AUGGCCCUCCCAGAUUACAAAAAGAACUUCCUCGAGACUUGCGUCUCUGCCGGCGCACUGAAGUUUGGCACUUUCACCCUCAAGUCCAAGCGCGUCUCGCCUUAUUUUUUCAAUGCGGGACUCUUCCACAGGGCUGAUCUGCUGCGGUCCAUGUCGUUGGCAUAUGCCCAGUCCAUGAAGGCUCAUGGCGAUGCCGACUCUUCUUUCGACUUUGACGUCCUUUUCGGCCCAGCUUACAAGGGCAUCCCGCUCGCUGCCACAACCAUCGACAAGCUUGCGGAUCUGGACGUUGCCAAGUACGGCAAGAAGAGCUACAGCUUCAACCGCAAGGAGGCCAAAACUCACGGCGAGGGUGGCAACAUUGUCGGUGCCUCGCUCAAGGGCCAGAAGAUUGUUAUCAUUGACGACGUCAUCACUGCCGGAACUGCUAUCAGGGAGGCCAUCGACAUCAUCAAGAGCGAAGGCGGCGAGCUGGUCGGCAUCAUCGUUGCGUUCGACAGGCAGGAGAAGACCCCCACCGAGAACGAUGAUGAUGGCAAGCCGGGACCCAGUGCUAUCGGCGAAGUCAGGAAGCAGUACGGUAUUCCCGUGCUCUCCAUCUUGACAUUGGACGAUAUCGUUGCGUUCCUGCGGGCCCAAGGCAGUGACGACGAUAUCAAGAGGCUGGAUGAGUACAGGGCAAAGUACAAGGCCAGCGACUAA